AGCCUGUAAGUGUUAACAAUUAUAUUAUUUAUGUAUAAAUAGUUAGUUUGUUUUUGAUUCCUAUUUAUAAUUACUAUUUCAUCUUUUACAUUUCUGUUAACAGCUAAAAAUUUAAUUGAAUCAAAUGCCAAAGACACUGCGAAAAUCUGUUUAUUUUUUGAUCAAUUAUUUGAUUCAUUGAAUGGCAGUUGUGAUGGAGUUGUAGAUGGCAAAAUAUAUCGUACAGCUGUUACAGCUAAAUCUUCUCAUCAUGCACUUUGGUCUUACAGUCUGAAGGUACUUUCCACAAUGCGUUUUGUUAAGGAUGGGAAAACAUCUUUUACCCCAACAUUGAAUAACUGGAUGACAACAAUACGAGGUUUUCAAACACUUUUUAAAAUGUUACAAAAAAAUGGCAUUCAUUCGCUUUUACCACGGCAUGUUAAUCAGGAUUCGUUGGAAUGUUUUUUUGGAGCUUCUCGAAGUGUCAGUUCAAGCAAUCCAUCGUGUAAUGCAUUUGCAUCUGCUUAUAAAACAUUGCUUUUAAACAAUUUGAUGUCACCAAAUUCCCCUGGUUCAAAUUGUGAGGAUAUGGUUGAAGCUAGCUUGACGUCAUACAAGCAUCUAUUUCAAAUUAAUCCGGAUGAAUUGGUUAAGGUAAAUUAUCAAUUUACAUCAGUUGACCUACCAGUUACAAUUUAUAACCCAACAGUAGCCAUCAAUGAUAUACGUGGACAGGUUCAAACUUACAUAGCUGGUUAUAUUUUGAAAAGGUUAAACAAAAAUAUAUUUAAAAACUGUCACAAUUGUUUGCAAAAUCUCUGUGUUGACAACAUUUCCAGUGAACAUAAUAUCAUCUUGGCUAGAGAAUAUACUUCUAGACUUUCAUUGAAAUACCCAUCUACUUCAUUCGGUUUUUUGGUUCAACAGAUUAUAACAUAUAUUGGUCAACAAAUGUCAAAAAUUUGUCAUCAUACAAAUAUUUGCAAAACACUGAGUACAGAUAUUAAAAAUAAUUUCAGUUUUAAUAGUCUCUCUCUUUGUAAUAAUCAUGGUGAAAAUCUUGAGAAAAGAAUUAUUGGCACUAUUGUUAACUUGAUGGUUAACCACUGGUGUACCGAAGUUAAUAGAAUUUUAUUAGGAAAAAAAAAAAUGCAUAAGUUGGAAAUUGACCCAAUGAAACUGAAAGCAAAUACUUGGUAUUUAAAACAUAGCAAAAAAGUUAAAACAACUGUUGGAAAAUUCAAUCACAUUCCAUAAUACUAAUAUACUUAUACUACUCUGUUUUAAAUCAUGAAUCUCAAAUCAAAAUGA